AAGCGAGGAGAGAGGACCAGUGAGGCAAAGGAGGAGGCAAGUGCAGGAGGCUCGUCACUGAACGGGACUGCGGGUAAAUAAACAGCAGAGCAGCAAAAGCGCGCUUUGGCCGCGAGAAAGGAGAGACGCAGCCGCGCUCCGUGUGUGGCAUCGAAAAGGAAUAACCAGACUGAAGAAACCCCAAGAGGAGGAAUAAUCAGACAUAUACCCAAAGAGGAAUACGAGAAAGGAUAUUUGGGUUACUCUGGUGUGGACGUGCCCUAAGACUGUGUGAGAGGGGCAGGGGCAGACCACAGUGACGCACGAUGAUGGUGAUGGAGAUGAGGAGUUUGGUUGCAGCGCUGCUAGUGUUGAUCUUGGGACAUUUCACCUCAGCUCUGGAAGUCCCUUUAGACCUGCCACAGCCUCCGUCAAUAACUCAACAGUCCCCAAAGGACCACAUUGUGGAUCCUCGAGAGAAUAUUGUUAUUUAUUGUGAAGCAAAGGGAAAGCCGCAUCCCAGUUUCUCUUGGACGAAAGAUGGGACUCACUUUGAUGUCAACGAGGACCCUAGUGUGACAAUGAGGCCUAAUUCAGGGACUCUAGAGGUGGACAUCACAAGAGCACGACCUGAAAAUUUUGAAGGUGUGUUUCAGUGCACAGCCAGGAACAAAUAUGGAGCUGCUGUAUCAAACAAAAUCGUCGUCAGACAGUCAAUUGCAUUGCCCUUCCUAAGAGGGUUGACAGAAGAAUCCCCCUUGUGGUCAAAGGACAAAAUCAAGCCAAUUGUGGUUAAGGAGGGUGUUUCCCUGGUGUUGCCAUGCCAACCCCCUGCAGGACUUCCACCUCCCAUCAUAUUCUGGAUGGACAAUAAUUUCCAGAAGCUGCCUCAGAGCAAGAGGGUGUCUCAAUCCCUGAACGGCGACCUGUACUUCUCCAACGUUCGCAGAGAGGAUUCUAGAAGUGACUACAUCUGCUAUGCUCGCUUCACACACACACAAACCAUCCAGCAGAAACAGCCUAUCACUGUCAAAGUGCUCACCAUGGAUGAAAUCAAUGACACAAUGGCAGAUUAUUAUAAUUUCACUGAAAUGGUGUUAAAUGAGGCCCCAGUGGAUGAGAGGAAGCCAACCUUUCUCAUCCCAUCUGGCCACUCGAGCUCCAAGAUGGUGCUGAAGGGACACGUACUGGAGAUGGAGUGCAUUGCCGAAGGACUGCCCACCCCUGAGGUAUCCUGGACAAAAGUGAGCGGAGACCUCCCCGGUAGCCGCACAUCCUUCCUGCACUUCAACAAGACCCUGCAGAUUGUGAACGUGUCUGAAUCAGAUGCUGGAGAUUACCGCUGCUCAGCCAAGAACCAGCACGGUGCUGCGCACCACAUCAUCAGUGUCGUGGUCAAAGCGACUCCUUACUGGAUCAGUGGGCCUCCAAAGAAUCUUGUUCUGGCUCCAGGAGAGAACGGAGUGCUGACCUGCAGAGCUAAUGGCAUACCUAAACCCUCCAUCUUGUGGUCUAUAAAUGGUGACCUUAUUGAGAAUUCACCUAAAGAUAUCAGCAGAAAGGUGGAAGACGACUCAAUCAUCUUCACUCAAGUCAGGGUCGAGUCCAGUGCUGUGUACCAGUGCAACAUCUCCAACCCAUAUGGCUACCUCCUGUCCAACGCUUUUGUAAACGUCCUUUCUGAGCCACCCCGGGUGCUGACUCCAGCAAACAAAGUCUACCAGGUUAUCGAAAAUCGUCCAGCCUUUCUGGAGUGCUCCUCGUUUGGGUCACCCAUUCCUAAAAUUGAUUGGUUUAAAGACCGUAAAUCUGGCAUCCUGGAUGGAGAUGAUUACAUCCUGCAUGACAACGGUACUUUGGAGAUUCAAGUAGCCCAGGCUCAGCACAAAGGCAAAUACACCUGCGUUGCCAAUAACUAUCUUGGUAUUUCUGAGAACCAUGUUUACCUGGACAUUAAAGAACCUACACGAAUCCUCAAGCAACCGGUUGACAAGGUGGUCCAAAGAGGCGGCUCUGUGCUGUUUCAGUGCAUAGUGAAACAUGACAAGGACCUCCAUACCACCGUCACUUGGCUUAAAGACGGUGAAGAGCUGCUAGAUGAUGAGCGAUUCAUUGUGGAGUUUGAGAGCCUGUCUAUCACUGAUAUAUCAGAGAGUGAUGCUGGGUCCUACACAUGUAUCGUAAAUAACACCCUCGACCAUGAUUCAGCCACUGCUGAGCUAUCUGUUGUUGAGCUUACUCCACCUCCAGCUGUCGUUCACGGGCGACCCGACCCCCCCACAGACCUGGAGCUGACAGACCAUAAAAAGAGGAGCGUUCAGCUAACAUGGAUCCCUGGGGAGGAACAUAACAGUCCUAUUCAGGAAUUUGUAAUCCAGUAUGAAGACUCUCUGCACCGCCGAGGACAUUGGCAUGACCUUGCAAGGGUUCCUGGGACCAGGACAACAGCUCAUCUCAAACUGUCCCCAUAUGUCCACUACACCUUCAGAGUGUUGGCCCGUAAUGCUGUGGGUCUGAGCGAGCCCAGCAGCCCCUCUCGGAUGUAUAAAACUGAUCCUGCAGCUCCUGAUCAGAACCCUAAAGGUGUACAUGGUUCUGGAACUGAGCAUAACAAUCUUGUUAUCACUUGGGAGCCUCUUACAGGCCUUCAUUCUAACGGUCCAGGACUUCGCUAUAAAGUAAGUUGGAGGCACAAGCGGCCGGGCACUGACUGGACUACAGUGACUGUGGCCAAUAACUCCAAGUUUACUGUGUCUGGAACGCCAACAUUCAGUCCAUAUGAGAUUAAAGUUCAGGCUGUAAACGACCUCGGAGAAGGACCAGAGCCUGCUGUUGUCAUUGGCUACUCAGGAGAGGACUUGCCAACAGCAGCUCCAGCAAAUGUUCAGGCUGUAGUGCUAAACAGCACUCUGGUAGAGCUUCGAUGGGAUCCUGUGCCUUCUCAUUUAAUACGAGGGCACAUUCAAGGAUACAAGAUUAACUACUGGAGAAAACAUCAUAAACAUAACUCUGAUCAGAUGGAGCAGCGCAUCCUGACCUUUAGUGGGAACCAGAGCCGCGGGAUGCUGCCUGGCUUGCACCCUUUCAGCCACUACUCAUUCGAAGUGAGGGUUUUUAACAAGAAAGGGGACGGCCCCGCGAGUAAAACACAACAGUUUAAGACACCUGAGGGAGAGCCUGGCCCCCCAGCAUCCCUGUUGGUCACAAACCCAAGUCUAGAUUCUUUAACCCUUGAAUGGAAUCCUCCUCGUGAACAUAAUGGGCACAUCACAGGCUACACCCUCAGAUAUCAGCCAGUCAAUAACUCCAAUGAACUGGGACCAGAAGAGGAGCUGGCCCUGGCUGCCAAUGAGACCUCAGUCACUUUGCAAAACCUCAAGUACAGCCCCCGCUACAAGUUUUAUUUGAAUGCCAGAACAAGCGCUGGAGCGGGCCCGGCCAUUUUUGAGGAAGCUGUCAUGCCGGAUAAAGGGAGCACCCAAACCUCUCAUCCCGUUGCUUUGGCUCCACACCUUCCGAUCCACAAGGUCCGGCCUGCGAGCCCAUUUGCAAAUGUUAGCUCCUCGCUUGAAGAAGAUGGGGCCCUGAUCAGUUGGGAGUACUGGGGCCAAGAGAAAAAUGUUUAUGUAGAGUACAUUGCAGAAAACAGUGAAGGUGAAGAGGAGUGGCAGAAAGAGCUUGUGAACGGCUCUCAGAACAUUAAGCUGAAAGGCCUAAAGGUGGGCCACUCCUAUAGGGUGCGUGUGGUGGCUAAGGGUCACCAUGAGCAGCCGCUCCACUCCGAGGAGCUGUUUGUCACGGUCCCAGCUGUGUCCAACAGACAGGUAGACAUUGCCACUCAGGGAUGGUUCAUCGGCCUUAUGUGUGCCAUUGCCCUGCUCAUCCUGAUCCUUCUUAUUAUCUGCUUCAUUCAGAGGAAUAAAGGAGGGAAAUACCCUGUUAAAGAGAAGGAAGAUGCACACACAGACCCCGAGUUCCAGCCAAUGAAAGACGACGACUGUACUUUUGUGGAAUACAGUGACAAUGAGGACCAUAAACCGCUAAAAGGGAGCCGAACGCCGUCUAAUGGGACGGUUAAGAGAGAGGACAGUGACGACAGUUUAGUUGACUACGGGGAAGGAGGAGAUGGGCAGUUCAACGAAGACGGCUCCUUUAUUGGCCAGUAUAGCGGAAAGAGUUCCAGCAGGGACAAUGAUGAGGGCCCUGAGAGCGCAGGGGCCCCAUCACCACUUAAUGCCAUGAACUCCUUGAACUCUUUUGUGUAGCUGGUCAGUCUUAACAGACCAGUGUUAUGUGUUUGCUGCUUUCCUGCAAUGGCAACAUCUUUUAGCGAGCGGGGAAGGCUGGGUUGUCUCACAAGGCUGCAUGGCUUCAUGAUCACGCAUUUCAGAGACUUCCACACAUGGCACAAAAACUUGGAGAAGUUGGACUUAAUAGCUGAAUUGUAUGAUACUGAUUUUGAUAUGUUUUUACUGUAAGACAUAAACUGUUAAUGAUUUGACAUUAAUUAACUCGCAUUGCAUCUCCCAAUAAGCGUCACGUGAACAAUGCAGUGCUUUUCUGGAAUGUAUAUUAUAAGCAGGUAAUGAUUUUUUGGCUACAAUCAAACUGUGUUAAAUGUCUAUACUAAAAUUUAAGAAUAUGAACUUGUCACCAUGCAAUGCACUGCUGUAAAGUAUGUGCUACAUUCAGUUUGCAAAUGCAUGUGUAAUCCAUCUUUCAUGCUCUUGUGCAUCUGCUAGCCUAAUGACUUAGGUAUGAGAGUACAAUGCCCUGUAAAAGUAUUCACACACCUUAAGAAUAUUUACUUUUCAUUAGAUGGAGACAUUAAAUUUUACUGUUUUAUUUGGGAUUUUAUGUGAUACACCAACACAAAUGGAUUGUGAAAAACGUUUUCCCUUUUUUUUUUUCCUACAAAUAUGAUUCUCAAAAGUGUCCAGGAGAUUUUAAUCUAUACCGUUAGAGUUCCUACUUUUUUAAUCAGCUUAAGAAGUGCAAGUCUUUACCGAGUUUCUACGUCUGGAGGUUGAAAUGUGUUUAAAAAAACAUUGAAAGAAUCUGUGGAGAGAAAUUUCGUAACUAAAACUGAACACACGCUUUUUCAAUUGAAAAAGCUUCCUGGAUGGGAAGCGAAACGUCUUCAAACUUGGAAACCAAGUCCACUGGAUUGUUUUUAACUUUUUUGGAAUGACUAUGACCUGGAUGACUGAAAAUCUUUAACAGCAAACUAGGAUUACCUUCCCCAUUCCAAAGAUAAUGUUUUACAGCCUAAUCCUGCUUUAUACUUUACGUCAGGCAUCCCCAAAGUCGGUCCUCGAGGGCCGCUGUCCAGCAGGUUUUAGAGGUUUCCCUGCUCCAACACAGCUGAUUUUAAUUGAAAGCUGAUUAACAGGCUGUUGCUCAAGUUCAAUCAUCAUAAUCAGCUGUGCUAAAGCAGAGAAACCUCUAAAACCUGCAGGAUAGCGGCCCUCGAGGACCGACUUUGGGGAUGCCUGCUUUACGUUAUCCAUGGCCAGUUUACAGGUAUAGUCUUACAAAUUAGGUGGCUUAUUAAAGUUGCAGCGGAUUAUUUAGGAAAAGCAGCGUAAAGGAUGUUAAGAACAAAAGCAAAACACA